AUGUUCUCGAGUGACAAGGCACUGAUGCAAUGCUUCUUUACAAAAUCUCAGACGAAUCUUAGCUGGAUUUGGCACAAAAGGCAAUGCAUUGAAGAAUCCAUUCAUGUGAAGUUUGAUGAGGAAUCAAACACUGAUGAAAAGGUCACUCAUUCUUCUUCUAUUUUUCAAGAGCUUCUCUCUUGUCCAUUUGACGAAGUCCCUCCUGCUGGAGAUGAAGCUGGUUCUUCUGAUUCUAUUGUUCCGGUUCCAUGUUCCUUGAAUCAAGAUACUGCAACCAGAUCAGCAGAUAAUUCAUUAGGUGCUGAUGAAAUUCUUGAAGCUGAAGUCUCUCUUGCAACUGAUAACCUGUCAGUGUCAAAUUCUCCGGAAUCAGCAUCAGUCUAUGAACAUCGAUCUCAUCCUGUUGAUCAAAUUAUAGGGAAUAUUCAUGAUGGUGUCCAUACCAGAUCUCCUUCCUGCCGCCUACGAUACGCAAUCAAUGAUGUUCCAUCGGAGUUCUUCCCUGAACAAGUAUGUGAGUUCUACUACACUGCAACUGUCAAUGACGAAAACAAUGCCAUCACCGGGACCAUUGGCCAUGGAAGACACUCUGUCUUUAUCACCGCAGAACUUCUCCGUGCUGCCCUAAGGUUACCUAUCUUUGAACCUUUCUCUGAACCUCCCACUAUUGAAUGGUGUAGACGUAUGUUUGAUCAACUGGGUUAUGAUCACUCAAAGGCCAAUUUGAGUAAUUAUGAGCAACAAGUCGUCUGCUCACUUCUUCUCAACAAAAGACUGGAUUAUGGAGCUCUAUUCUUUGAUCAGCUUGUUCAGCUUCUUCGUGCAAAUGUACGCGCUGAUCAUGUUCCGUUUCCACACUGGAUUGCUCUUGUGUUCGAAAAAUUCUUUGCUGCAGACUACUUCUCGCAUUCUGGAAAUCCCAUCCAAUUCCUUCGCAUGUCUGUUCGCAUGUAUCAAGAUGAUCCUCUGGAUACUGACAUUGGAAUCUCUGAUAGGAUGAGAGAAUGGAUUGCAAAUCCAUACUCUGUUCCUUCUCUCACCGCUGACACUGAUGAAGGAGGUACUGAUGGUAAUCAUGUAGAUCAAGUCGUUCAAGAGGAUGAACCAUAUGAUGGUGGUCAUUUCUCUCGUCAACUUUCUCAUCAUAUGGACUCAGUUGCUAAUGUUCCCUCAGCUCAAAAGGAUUCACUGAGUCAGGGGGAGCAACAAUUUCAGGGGGAGCAACAAUUUCAGGAGGAGCAACUAUCCCAGGGGGAGCAUCCCUCUCUGGGGGAGAAUCCACCUCAUGGGGACCAAUGUUCUCUGGUAAUGCCUCCUAGCUCUCCAGCAGCUCUAGCUACUUCAGUUGUUCAGAUUCCAGCCUCAACAUUUACUGAACUUCUUACACUGACUCGGGACAUGAAUCAACAUCUUCUACGCAUUGAGGCUGAUGUUCACCAGCUAAAGGAAGUUCUCCUGCAAACUCCCCCCCCCCCCAGUCCCCAAUCUAAUGAUGUUCAAAAAGGGGGAGAUACUGAUGAUGAUGCUGAUGCUGAUGAUAAUGCUGACCGUGAACCGAAUGAGAGAGUCACCGAACCUGUUGACAACACUCCUGUUCAGCCUGAAUCAUCAACGCCAAUGCAUGAGUCUGACUUUGCGGGGCACAAUAGUCCAGCAACUACUAAAAAGAUGAUUGAAGAUAGUGAGCAUGAUGAAGAGCAUGAUGAACCAGAUGAUGAAUGUCAAAUACUGGAUAUGCACUUCAUUAAUCCGCUAUCAGUCGAUCCUGGUGCUGAUCCCAUCAUUCCGGUCCAAGGAGAGGAUUCAGACAUUGCCAGUGAAGAAUCUCAUCCGCUAUCUCGAAAGUGUAAGGAGGAUGUGUUUUCAGCGAACUGCUGA